CACUGACUUGUGGAAUUUGCAGCCCUUCGCCAGCCAUGUUGAGCCGUGUCGCCCGCGCCGCGCCCAAGCGCCUUCCCCGCGCGCCCUGCACGGCGGCCUACUCGACGGACCGUGAUAGCCCGAUCAUCGAGAAGCCGACGUUGAACGAAGUCGUCGAGAAGGCGGCGAACCUCUUCUUCCUCGGCGAGAUCUUCCGUGCGUCGUGGCUCGCGUUUGAGAUCCACCUCGAGAAGAAGGUCACGAUCAACUACCCGUUCGAGAAGGGUGUUUUGUCGCCGCGCUUCCGUGGCGAGCACGCGCUCCGCCGGUACCCGAGCGGCGAAGAGCGCUGCAUUGCGUGCAAGCUCUGCGAAGCGAUCUGCCCGGCGCAGGCGAUCACGAUCGAAGCCGAGCCGCGCGAGGACGGCAGCCGCCGGACGACCCGUUAUGAUAUUGAUAUGACCAAGUGCAUUUACUGCGGCUUCUGCCAGGAAGCGUGCCCCGUCGAUGCCAUUGUCGAAGGCCCCAACUUUGAGUUUGCCACCGAGUCGCACGAAGAGCUCUUGUACAACAAGGCCAAGCUCCUCUCGAACGGCGACAAGUGGGAGUUUGAGAUUGCGCACAACUUGUCUGUCGAACAACUCUACCGUUAAGUGCCACCGGUCGCACCAUCGGCGCGCCUCGGUGCCGACACUACAUACAGUACCUCCUUUGUCGGUUGCC